AGUGCGUACGCGCGCACUCAGCCAGACUGAAGGCUAUCUAACAUAAUGAAACGGGUUGUUCGUUGGGUUUUUUGUAAAUUAUAAAAUAUUUUCAUAUAGUUCCUGUAAGAUAGGAUUAAAUUUGGUCACCUUUAAAAUCGAUUGGGAUGUGACGUAGUAUAUAUUACAUAUUAGUUUAAAACGGGGAUCGUUUGAAUUCGUUUUAUGGUAUAGUGUGUCACAAUGAAAGGAAACUAUCUCCCAGUCAACCUUGAAUAUCUUCUUGCGAUAUUAAUAUUUUUAAGAAUCGGAUACAUCGAUGGAUCUAUAUUCUUUCACGAAGCGUCAUACCUGGAGUUACAAUCACCAGAUGCAAAAACCGAUUUUGGUUUCUCGAUUGCAUAUCAAGCUAAGUUAAAUAGUUUAGCGGUCGGUGCACCUCAUGGCGAUUUAAAUGGAAAGUUGUUCAAGUGUCCCAUGAGUGAGACAGUUAAAAAUAAAAAGCAGACAUGCACCCGUCUUGAAAUCAAUGUAGAUAAGUUAGCUGGUGACUAUAGCAGACAUAAUAGCACUGACCAAAAUUUUUGUCUCGGAGCCUCAAUAUCAGCGACGCCUGAUUAUAUAUUUACCUGUGCACCAUUAUGGACAUCAGAUAUUCAAGAUGGCGAUAAGAUAAAGUUUGGUGCACUGGGCACGUGUUUUAUAUCUAAUGACACGCAUGCCAGUCGGUAUACUGGGUUAUUAGAACAGUAUGUGAAGAAAGGUUACCAACAAAGAAUUCCUAAAAUUGAUGAGAUAUAUGGUGGCAUCGGUUGGAAUACUCUGUUUGAUCCAAAUAAUAACUUGAUCCUGAUAGCCAAGUCUUCUCUUAAAAGUAGUAUCAGUGUGAUGAAUAUGGACGAUCCUUUGGCACCAACGUCGGUUGUUGCAUUGGGCAGCAUGUUUAACCAAUAUGAAAAUUUAGGUCUCAACUUUGCGGUUGGAGUAUUUUUUAAUAAUCAUAAGGUAUUGUACGCAUUCAACAUGAUUCUUCGGAGCAGACUCACAGGCGCUAUAGCAUUCCUUUACUACGACGGUAGUGAUAAAACAAUGAAAGUAUUAGAAAACAAAAAACAGCCCGUUCAAAUAGAAGAUACUCUAACGAAUUCAAUGUACGGCACAUCACUUCAUAGCGUUGAUUUAAAUGGUGACAGUUUCUCGGAACUUCUAGUUGGUGCGCCUGCGCAAACUAACUAUGAAGGCGGAUAUGAACAUGGCGCUGUAUUCAUCUAUUUGGGAGGUGGUUGGCCUACCACAAGAACGAGUUCGAACCUUUGCAUCUGUGGUCAUAAAGAUGCUUCAAGAUUUGGAACAGCCAUCGCUUCUAAUGAUAUUGAUGGAGACAGUCUUCCGGAGAUAUUUAUCAGUGCACCUUAUGAAGAUUCUGGUGAAGGAGCUGUGUAUGUUCUAUCUGGUUACGAGGUGACAAGAAGGUUACUGAAAACGGGAUCACACCCAGAAAUAUCGGUGUCAGAGUUGACCGACACGCAAAGAAUUAAAAAUACGCCCUUCAAAUCAUUUGGUUUCAGUCUCCAUUCUAUACGGGAUUUCGACAAAAAUGGUGGAAGCGUGUUAGCGGUGGGAUCGCCAAAAAACGGUACAGUGGCACUGUAUCGCAGUUUACAUUUCAUUAAUGUUACGGUGUCAGCUUUACUGAUAGGAAAAGAGAGAGUAAAGGAAGACGAUAUGAACUUCACGGUUACUGUGUUUGUAAACGUAACGUUUCCAGUGAAGCCGAAUGUCAUUUCUGGUCGACUAUUCGUGACUACAAAUAUAAUCGGAGACGCAGCUCGGAUAGCCGAUAGAUAUGCGAAAGAUAUAGAUAGUACAUACGAAAUUAAGAUAACGAAAAAAGUAUCUCUGUACACUAAUGAGGUCCUAGUGUUGUUGGAUGAUACUGAGCCCGGCAAUUAUAAGUUCACAGCUAAAGUCGAGCCAGACCUCAAAGCCCUUGAAGCACCAGAAUUCGGGAGAUCAUUAUUUACGAUAAGUAAUUACAGUAAACCGGAGACAGUCUUGGAUGUUGUACGUCGGUGUAAAGGACACGAUUGCGUGCCUCGCCUCUCUAUGCAGUUCGAGUGGUUGGGCAGCACAGAUGAGGUGUACAUACUUGGAUCAAGUUCACUUGAGAAUAUGAACGUGAUAGUAAGGAAUGAUGGUAACGCCACUUACGAAUCCUGUGCUUGGAUCAAAGUCGAUGGAGUCAAAGCUUCAGUUUUGGGAUGCAUCCAAUUUGACGAUGAGUGGUACAAAUGCGACUUGAUAAACAUUGAAAGACAUGGCGAGCGUUCUAUAAAUAUACGUCUAGAUACAAGCAAGACAACAAGUACAGACGAAGGCCUGGAAGUCGAGGUUCUGUUGUAUAAUAACUGCGCUGCCUCUGGGAUGAAUGCCACUGUACGUCAAACUAAAAAAAUACCAUUUGAAUUAAAUACCGCCGACAUUUCUAUUGACUAUUUACAUUAUGAUCGGAAUAUAACGGAGCGUGAAAUUCGAGAUGUUGAAUCAAGUUCAGUAAUAGGAAUUCGUGAUUUUUUUACGAUAACAAAUAACGGUACCGUCUUGUGGAAAUCUAUCCAAGCAUUGAUAACUUUGGAAAAACGUCCAUUUAUUAAAAACCAUACGAUAGUGAUGCUAGAAGCAAGUGAAUGUAUUGAAGAUAAUUUAGAAGAUCUCACAAUUUUCAACUGUACCUUCACACUCGAAGCGAAUUCGACUUUCAAGAUUUCGACCAUGACAAAUAUAUUGAAGGAAAAAAUGCUUGACAACUUUAAAGAUGGAAAACUGAGUGUCACUUCGACUUAUGUUUUAUAUCUGAAACCAACUCUACAAACCCUCAACAAAACAUUAAUUUCAACGCUGUUCAUUCAAGAGGAUACGAGCUUUGGGAACGAUAAGAACUUGAUAAUUGCGGUAGCUAUAAUAGUCGGAUUACUGGUGCUUGCUGUGAUUCUAUUGAUCUUAUAUAAGGUUGGCUUUUUCAAGAGGAAGCAAAAGACCAAAUUGAACGCGCUGAAAGAGGAGAUAAGACAGAAGAGUAUCCGUCGACCCAAUCCUGACGAAGGAGCAACUUCCUCCCACGAAGACACUCAGGCUGACAUAGAAAUAAUAGAGGAUGCCAUACCUUUGCAACUGAGAAAUUCCGAAGUUACAAACGAUUCAGAAGUGUUAAUAAAAGAUUAAAAUUGCUGACAUUUCG